AUGGAAAGAAUCGUUGAAGAUCAAGAAAAAAUUCAGCUUUACCAUACCGAAUUAAUUUUGCAUGACGUUUUGUAUAAAAUUUUUGAAUAUUUGAAUAGACAUGAUCUAAAUGAAGUAUCAAGGGUUUGCAAAUCUUGGUACUGGGCUGCCAAAGUAGAAAAAGCCAAGCGUGGUCCACAGAUUAUGAUAUUACAAGCAGUAGGAGAAUUCGGUACGUCAGGAUCGACAAAAAUUCAUCCCGUUGGCAUCGAUGACUUCGGUAACUCUCUGAGGAUUAAGCCUACAAUCGGUAUCUUCUUUACUGACGGAAAGUAUGCAGCUCCAGCCGACUGCGAUAGCGUUCCCUACGAAAUAUGCACUGCACAUCAAUGGGCGCAACCUGAAGAUUGCUUUUACGUAGCAGUUGAGGCUUCGGCAGUUUAUGUGGAUAAAGAUAAAAUUGGAGGAGAGAAAAAUGUGACUGCCGCUGUAUUUUUUCCCGCAUUAUCAAACGUAAAUUAUGUAUCAGCACAAACGAGCUCGCACUGUAUCGUGCAGUACUUUGAUAGGAGAAAUAGCUUACUGUCAGAAAUUACUGAAAAGCUAUUUGUCACCGAGUCCAAUCACGUUUGUUUCAUCAUGUUUAUAUAUCAAUGGAAAGACGAACCAACGUUUGAUAAUUACCAUGAAAACUUUUGCAAUGAAAUUCUGGACACGUUGAAGACCAGAUACACAGCUGGUACUUACUCUUUGUGGGGCGGAGCCAUUAAUGAUAUUUACACGAGAUCUGCGGAUGACAGGCCCUGGUCCUUCCAUUCGACGAGCUUUUGUGCUUUAAGCUUAUCCAAUUCUUCUGUCAAGUCAUGGUCCAUAGCGAUUGAUAAUAAUUUGCCAUAUUUGGAAAUUCAAUUGAUUUUAGCGGAUUUCAAAAAACAAGUCUGUUUAAAAUCUUCUUCAAUUGCCUUUCUCAUUAUUUCAACAGACGAAAAUAAUUACGAAGAAUCAAAUAUUAAAAUCUUUAAAAAUGUUUUUCCCACCAUUAACAUUAUAACUAUGUUCAAUAACAAAAAUCACGCGGUGUUUUCUGUUAAUUCUACGGUGACUGAAACCGAACCAAAAUUACGACACAUGAAUUCAUAUGCAUUUAUGAUUCUAACUUACAAGCUGUGAUACAUAUUAAAAAUUCUUUGAAUUUGUUAUUGUCAGUAAUUCCAGAAUAAAAAGC